AUGCACCUCAUAGAGAAAGCAGAAGAGGACAAUCGAACGGUUAUCACAGAAUUCAUCCUCCUGGGAUUCGGGAAUCUCCCUGAACUGCAGAUCCUUCUCUUCCUGGUUUUCCUAGUGAUCUACAUUGUGACCAUGUCCGGGAACAUCCUCAUCAUAGCGCUAGUUGUGGCUGAUCAGCACCUUCACACCCCCAUGUACUACUUUCUGGGGAACUUGUCCUGCUUGGAGACUUGCUACACCUUGACCAUCCUGCCAAGGAUGCUGGCCAGUCUCCUGACUGGAGACAGAACCAUUUCUGUCAGUGGCUGUUUUGCACAGUUUUAUUGCUUUGGUUGUUUGGUAACUACAGAAUGCUAUCUCCUAGCAGCGAUGUCUUAUGAUCGGUAUUUAGCGAUAUGCAAACCCCUGCAUUAUACAGCCCUGAUGAACGGCAGGUUGUGCCUCCAGCUAGCAGCAGGGUCGUGGAUAAGCGGAUUUCUAACAUGUGUAAUAACGAUGUGCUUUAUGUUGCAAUUAACAUUCUGUGGCACCAAUGAAAUUGACCAUUUCUUUUGUGAUUUUUCUCCAAUGCUAAAACUCUCCUGCAGUGACACCAGCAUGAUCACACUGGUUAGUUUCAUACUCGCCUCCAUAAACACGCCUUGCCCAUUUCUAUUAACUAUGACAUCCUACGUUUGUAUCAUUGCUACUAUCCUGAGAAUCCCUUCCACCACUGGGAGGCAAAAGGCCUUUUCCACCUGCUCCUCUCACCUCAUUGUGGUUACAGUUUUCUAUGGGACCCUAAUGACUGUGUAUCUGCUACCAAAAACCAAUACACUGAAAGCCCUGAACAAAGUAUUCUCUGUCUUCUACACAGUCCUGACUCCCAUGCUCAACCCCGUCAUCUACAGCCUGAGGAACAAAGAGGUGAAGGAGGCCCUGAGAAAAGCAGAGUGGGAAUGUGUGGUGUGGGUAUUUUAG